AUGGCUGCGAGAAAAGGAAAAAGAAAUUUAAAGCUCCAAGUUUCUGAAGAAGCUCCUGUAAAUAUCACACCGCCGAGAAAUCUUGAUAAACGUACGACAAUAACAAUAGAAGAUAAAACAUUUGAAGUUGAGGCUGAUGAUCUCGAGACUAUAUGCAUUCUUGGUAGAGGUGCUUACGGUAUUGUUGAUAAAGUUAAACACAAACAAAGUGCCACGGUAAACAAUCAAGAACAAAAAAGACUUGUAAUGGAUCUAGAUAUUUCAAUGCGAAGUUCAGACUGUCCUUACACUGUACAAUUUUACGGAGCAUUGUUUCGCGAAGGAGAUGUUUGGAUUUGUAUGGAAGUCAUGGACAUGAGUCUAGAUAAAUUUUAUGUUAAAGCAUACAAAAAUGGAUGCUCAAUACCUGAAGAUAUUUUAGGAAAAAUAGCACUUUCAGUAGUUAGUGCUCUUCAUUAUUUGUACUCGCAACUCAGGGUAAUUCAUAGAGAUGUAAAACCUAGUAACAUAUUAAUUAAUCGAAAAGGUGAAGUCAAGAUCUGUGAUUUUGGUAUUUCCGGUUAUCUUGUAGACUCAGUGGCUAAAACUAUUGACGCUGGAUGCAAACCAUACAUGGCUCCAGAAAGGAUAGACCCAUCGGGAAAUCCAUCUCACUAUGAUAUAAGAUCAGACGUCUGGUCAUUAGGAAUUUCUCUUGUUGAACUAGCUACCGGAAGAUUUCCAUACGAAUCAUGGGGUACACCUUUCGAACAACUGAAACAAGUCGUUAAAGACGAUCCACCAAAAUUGCCAUCAGGAAAAUUUUCUCAACCUUUCGAAGAAUUAAUUACCAAGUGCUUAAUGAAAGACUUCACAGCCCGUCCGAAUUAUAGUCAAUUACUUGAGCUUGAUUUCAUCGUGGAACAUUCUAAAAAAGAUACAGAUGUAGCAGGGUUCGUUGAUAAAAUUUUAAAUUUGCCAGAUCCAGAGCAAUCUUAA